AUGGCUUACAUAAAAGAUCCAAUCGAGCAGCCGCUGCAAGAACAAGAGCCAGAGCCAGAGCCAGAGCCAGAGCCACCUCUGGAAGUCGAGGCAAUAUCUCGUCAAGAUGCUCUUAGUCAACGGGCUGCAGCCACAUUUGACUGCAAGCGGCGAUUGGGUAAAGUUCUUGCGGCCACACCAAACGGUCACGGCUGUCUCAUGCAAGAAGAUGACGACGGUGAUGUGGAGUACAAGUGGCGACUCACAGGUAUUACACAACAUCGAUUUGAACAUCUCGUAACGCAAAUGCGAUUUCGUGUCGGGGAGGGAAAUGGUCAGUGUCUCUAUGAACUUGGUAUCGCUAAUGACGGCACACCAAAAGGACUUCCACUUUCAGACUAUUUGGAGUCUGUGGAGACAUUAAGAAAUAUGGCGGAAGUUCUUGUCCUUGAUACUACUAUUCUACAGGAAUUUAUGAUUAAAGCAGAACCGGAACCACUUUGGUGUGGUGAAAUUCUUAUAACACGUCGUCAAGCAAAAUUGCAUGAUGGACGUAUCGCCUUUUGUGGUUCCAUUGGAAGUGGGAAAUCAACACUUAUAGCUGUUUUAUUAACAGGGGAGUUAGAUGAUGGAAGUGGUAGUGCUCGUCACUUACUCUUUAAUCAUAAGCAUGAAGUCUGUUCAGGAAAGACAACAUCCAUUGUGAGACGUAUUCUUUCCAUUGAAAAUACAGAGGAAAGUUUAGGAAUAUCUUCUCCCUCUUCUUUACGAGGUAGUUCAGAUGUAUCUAAGUCUCUCUCAUUAAUAGAUCUUGGAGGAAAUGUGACGAAACAAAUGCUUUUUGGUUUAAUGAGCCGUCGACCAGAUUUUACUGGUAUAUGUGUUUCUGUAGAAAAUCCUGCUGAAGAAGUGACACGAUAUGCACGGGUUUGUCGUGCUUUGCGGUUUCCUUUUUUUGUUGUUGUAACAAAAGUAGAAACUGUUCUUGAUUUUGAACUAGACGCAUUUUUACUUGAAUUAGCUGUUGAAUUUUCUUCUAUUGGAUGCAGUUCAGUUGUUUUAAGCGAUAUGGACGAAGUUUACAGAUUUCAGCGACUAUGGGAAAAAUCGAAUCAAGUCCCUAUUUUGUGCGUUUCUUCCGCUGAUAGUUCUGGUAUAGAUAAUUUCCGUCGCUUUCUUGCGUCUCUUCCUUUGGGAAUGCCACCAGGAACACCCGAUCACAAGUUUGAAGUUCUCCUCGAUGGUGGUUUUUUUGUUAAUGGAGUGGGACACGUAGUACGUGGGCAUGUUGCGCGUGGCUUUGUGGAAUUAGGCUCCCGUUGUAAAAUUGGUCCAGACACGGAUGGUCAAUUUUAUUCGGUAACGAUUCAAGGCAUUCAUGUGGAAGGUUCACAUGUAACACGUGUGCAGCAUGCAGAAGAUGCCACUUUUGCUCUUUCAGAACUCCCAAGUAGUGUGGAUUUGUCGCAAAAAGGCAAACUUUUAAUUUCACGUUCAGUAAAUGUGUGUUGGGAAUUUGAGGCACAAGUGAAGGUACUUUCGCAGGGUAUGACACCCCAGUUACAGCCAAUUCUGUAUACGGGAAAUGUUCGUCAGGCAGUGAAGAUUGUGUCAACAUUACCUCAUGAACUGCAAGUGUUAGAUACAGAAGGAAUUUUACGUCUUAGAUUUCUGUAUCACCCAGAAGUACUGCGGGAAGGGGCAAGUAUAAUUUUGCAAUGGAAUCCAGAAGGAAUAGCUGUUGGAGAGGUGAUAGCUGUUUUGGAUCAUUUUCAUGCUUAA